AUCACCUCCAGCUGGGCUGGCUGUGGGGGACGGAGCAGAGGUGGCCAGGGGAUCUGGAGUCUCACUGAGCCUGUAGUCAGGGGCUGGGAGGGCCUGAGAGCCUGGGGACAGGACGGGGCUAUUGGCGGACAUCCCACCAGACCUCGAUUUCUCAGGCUUGCGGUCCCAGGCCCUUUCUGGGGGUCAGCCAUGCCCAGUACUUUUCUCGUGUGUGGGGACAGAGGGCAUUGAGCUGUGAGGGGUUCAACUGACUGAGGGUCUCUGACCUCACGUACCUCCGAGCUGCCACCUUCAGCCCCUGCCCCGCUCCGUGCUGGUCAUCCCCUUGGGAGCCCUGAGCCGUGGGCCGGCGUGCCUCCGUGGACAGCUCACCCAGCCGGGGGGUCUGCUCAGGCCUUAGAGGGCCCUGCUCGGGUGGGGGCUCCCGCCCGGUGGGCAGAGGGGCUGCCCUGAGCUGCCCUUGUGACCUGCCCUUGCCACAGGGACCCGCUUCCGAGCAGUGUGGGCUGGGGCCGCUGUAGAGGAACGAGGGCGCAUGACACUUGUGCUUCCAGGCAGACGAGGCUUCAGAAGGGACAGGAGUGUGUGGUGGGAGGGGGUCCCCGUGGUGGCCAGGCCACGUGGGUGAGUCAGCAGCAAGCAGCUGUGUGAUGGUGGGCAGAGGUGUGGGCUGAGGCCGGGGGUCGGCUGGGCCCACAGGAUGCAGGCUGAGUGCGGUUAGUUGUCUGUGCUUGGUGGGUCCCCGUGAGCAGAUGCCCGAUUCGUGGGCCAGGUGUGCAGGGCCUCAGGCAGUGGGGACCCGUAUAGCCAGAGGGCAGGCAGCCCCCACGUGACCCCCAGAGAAGGAGAGGGGCACGCUGGAGGGGGCGCUGCCCAGCGGAGUCCCAAGUUAGCUCAACCUCGGGCUACAGUUUGUCAAUUAAAAAAAAAGAUUUUUCUCACCAUCUGCGGAAGACGGGGCCCACGCAUGCACAUGCAUGCACACCAGGCUGCCUGACGCCCUGGUCCCCUCCCCUGUGUGGCCCCCUGGCCGCUGGCAGAGCCUGCCUCCCUCCACCCCAGCUGUUGUGGGCCGUGGCCUCGUCCGUGCCCACCUUGCCCAGCUCAGCCGGGGAGGAAUUUCCCACAGGUGGGCUGGGGAAGCUCAGCUUUCUUACCCGUUGUCGGGGAGUCAGGGAGGGGAAUUUCCAGCUUCCCCCCGCUCUCCUCCCUGAGGGAGGCCCUGCACCUGAAACUCUGUAAACUAACUGGUGAAUGGUUAAUUUCAUCUCAAGGGUAUGGUUUGGAAGGUACAGAACGACACAGUGUAGCCUCCCCUGCCUCCAGGGCACCCAGUGAUGUCCUAGCCGGGUGGGCACAUGCCUGUUCUUCCCGCUUGACACACCACAGCCCUGCACACAGCCCUCCCUGCCUGCCCUGCAACCGCCCGGGGCCGUGUCCGAGGACGCCACGUGCUCCGUGGGACCACCCAAUGGGUCAUCCCAGGCCUCGCGUUGGUGCUGUGGGGACACUCUAAGCCCAGGGUGGGUGUGGGGUGGGGCCGGGUUGGCCCGGCCACCACAGGGCACACAGCCGUCCUGCUGGCCCCCACGCGGCCAGGGAGUCAGAGUGGGUGUGGGUGGACGCCCUGCCCCCACCCUCCCAGCAGCCGCACACACACACAGACGGGUUCACGCGUGCUCCCGGCAUACUUUGUACGUAGGGCACAGGGCAGGUGCCGUCCUAACGAUACCAGGGACGAUCGUUUCCCCGUCCUGGGGGCCGGACGUCUGAGAGCCUCCUGAGGCCUCUGUCCUCGCCUGGCCUCCCUCUGCGCUCCCUGGGGUCUCUCCCAGAAGGACGCCAGCCCUUUGGGAUCAGGACCCACCCCUCUGACCCCAUCUAAACUUUACCAGCACCCCAGAGGCCCCUUCUCCACAAACAGCCACGUUGGAGGUCAGGGUUUCAACCCAGGGAUUCGGGGGCACAGUCAGCUCCUAACACCUGCUCACACACCAGCACACCCCUGCGUUUGCACUCAUAUGCCGGCCACAUACGCCUGCACACCAGCACAUGCUGCCACACGCUUGCACGCUCACCGUGUGGGCACAGGCGCCCUCAAAGCCUUGACCACUGCCUCAGUCGGCUAGUUUCGGAUGCUUGGGCCGGGCACCAUGCCCUGGAGUCUGGGGCACUGCUGAUCUUCCCCCGAGCCGAUGCCCAGUAGAGAGUAGAGGCUCCAGACGGUGUGAGGCCUGUCUCCUGAGCAGUGUGCUGCCUUGGUUUGCCCCUCUGUUUUGUGCACCCCUUUGCUUGGGGGUGAGGAUUGGCAUCAAUGUCGCCUUUUGCGGGGGGCGUUGCAGGGGCAGCUACCUGCUCGUCCUGAGGGGUCUGCCCUGCCCUGUACAGGGAGAGGGGUUGCCCAGAAGGAGCAAGCUUGUGGGGGGCCCCGAAGACUACCCUCAUCCAAACGGCUUGGUUGGGCUGGGCAGAGCAGGAGGGUACCCAGUGUGCCCAGCCGAAGGGACUCCACGUCCCCGGUGAGAUGGGGGCAAGAGGGGUCCAGUGUGUGGGGGUGCGGACUAGAUGUGCAGGCCCUGCUAGGGGUCAGGCGGCUGCCGGUCCUCCCUUUGGCCCCAGGCUCAGCCCCAGCCGGCUGAGCCUGAGGCUACUGGGCAUAGUUGAGGGGAUGAGGGCCCUGCAGCCCAGGGCAGGGGAGAAGCCCACAGCCUGGACGGUUGCUUCCCAGACUAGCUGUCUUCUUGCCGCCAGCCCAGGUCAGGGGUCCCCAGCCCUUCCUGGGCCUCCUUCCUCCUGGUCCCCUCCUCCUCUCUCCCUCCCCACCCCUCCUCCGCAGCCCUUAUAGCCACAUCCUGCAAGGAAAAACCCCAGACUCCUGCACCACCUGCGGAGAUGAGGAUGUUUGUGGAGGCUCAGCGGCCCAGUGGGCCUCGCUCAGCCCUCCUGCUCCUGGGACUAGUGCUGGGCACUGCAGCCCAGCUCACCUGUGUGGGGGAUGCCUACCCCAAAGACGGCAGGUGCUGUCGUGACUGCCCGCCAGGUUAUGGGAUGGAGAGCCGCUGCAGCAGAGGCCAGGACACCAAGUGCCACCCGUGUCUGUCUGGCUUCUACAACGAGGCUACGAACUACGAACCCUGCAAACCCUGCACACAGUGCAAUCAGAGAAGUGGGAGCGAGCCCAAGUGGAGGUGCACACCCACGCAGGACACGGUCUGCAGCUGUAAGCCAGGCACCGAGCCCCAGGACGGCUUUAAGCGUGGAGUCGACUGUGCCCCGUGCCCACUGGGACACUUCUCCCCAGGUGACAACCAGGCCUGCAAGCCCUGGACCAACUGCACCUUGAUGGGAAAGCGCACGGUGCGGCCAGCCAGUGCAAGCUCGGAUGCUGUCUGUGAGGACAGGAGCCCCCCAGCCACACUGCCGCGGGAGACCCAGCGCCCCCCAGCCUGGCCCCCCACCACCCAGCCCACCACGGCCUGGGCCAGGGUCCCACAGGAGCCCUUCACACCCCCUACAGAGCCCCCCAGGGGCCCCCAGCUGGCCGUUGUCCUGGGCCUGGGCCUGCUUGCCCCCAUGGCGGCCGCGCUGGCCCUGCUCCUGCACCACCGAGCCUGGCGGCUGCCCCCCACUGGAAAUAGCUUCCGGACCCCUAUCCAAGAGGAGCACGCCGAUGCCAACUCCACCUUGGCCAAGAUCUGAGCAGCUAGCAUUCCCAUGCCAGGCUGGAGCCCAGAGGGUCUGCUAGACAUUGAGGGGCAUCGGGGGUGCCCCCAGGUGUAGGCCACCACACCCCAUCACCUGGGUGCUCUGUCACCCCGCCACCCCACCCUGCGCCGUUUUAGGUGCUCCUGGGCUGGCACCCAGGGCUCUGCUACGUAUGCUGUGCAUACUUCCUGCCCAGGGUGGUGCCCCCCA